AUGGCAGCGCCCAACCCCACCAACAACGGCCGUCCAACGCGCCCGGUCUUGCGACAGACCCUGUCCAGCGCAUCCUUCAUCCAGGAUCAUCAGCAGUACAAACCCUCUGCCCCCAUUCAGACCAUCGGCAACGUGAUUGGCAAUUCUCCCGAGUCAGCGUUUGCUGCGCUGUCCGUCAAAGCUAAUCCCAUUAGCCCCGAUCCCGAGAAGGUCACCGACAGUGGCAUCAUCCACAGCAUCUUCAACCAACAGUCCAAUGAACUGCCUACUGGAACACAGCAGCUGGUCGCUACGAUCUACUACAAAUCUGCUGAUCCUAUCCAUCCCCAUCUGCACCCCGAUUCCUCCCCUCAUGUCGGAUCUGGCCAAACUCUGCCAUCACCCAUGGUACCCGUAGGUUCCGCCCCGACGGUCGAUAUCGAGAAGAUCCCACGGGAGCCUCCCGCCCCAGAGCCGGAGCCGCUUGAUCAUCUGUACGGCCCGUUUGUAUCACAGCUCUGCCUGACCAACUUCCUUCAAAUCAUCGAAACCCUUCCGACCCCGUAUCAGCGCACCAACACUUCGCAUCGCUGCUUGGAUCGUCACGACCAGCCUCGCGUCGUCGAAGUCACCUUCUCGCCUCCUCCCAACCCGGACUACCUUACCUUUGAGGACCUGCGGAAACAUGAGAGCAUAUGGCGAUUCGAGCGUGAAUGGAAUGUGGAGGUCGUCCUCCAGCGGGAGAGCGUCUUCCGUCGGCACAAGCGCUUGGUGGUGUUUGAUAUGGACAGUACAUUGAUUCAGAACGAGGUGAUCGAUGAGAUUGCCAAGUACAUCGGCGUGGAGAAGGAGGUUUCGGAAAUUACGGCUCGUGCUAUGAACGGCGAGUUGGACUUUUCCGCAUCUCUCCGGGAGCGGGUCAGUCUGCUGAAGGGUGUUCCUGCGGACGUCUUCGAGAAGCUGAAGUCCGUCAUCACCAUUUCUCCAGGUGCGCGUGAGCUGUGCAAGGCCUUGAAGACCCUUGGCUGCAAAAUGGCAGUCUUGAGUGGAGGCUUCCAGCCUCUUGCAGAGUGGCUUGCCGAACAGCUCGGUCUUGACUACGCGCAUGCCAACCAUCUCGAGAUCGAUCCUACGACGCAAACUUUGACCGGCAAGCUAGUCCCCACAUAUCCCAUCAUCGAUGCGAGUCAGAAGCGCUCGAUUCUUCACUCGAUUGCCGCGGAGCAUGGCAUCCCUAUCUCCCAAACUGUCGCUGUUGGUGACGGAGCCAAUGACCUGCUCAUGUUGCACGCAGCGGGACUGGGAGUCGCCUGGCGGGCCAAGAGCAAGGUGCAGCUCGAGGCACCGACUCGUCUCAAUGGCGAGAGCCUCGUGGAUAUCCUCUACCUCCUUGGCCUGACCAAGGAUGACAUUUCCGAGCUGAUUGCGUAG